ACCUCCCUUGAAAGAUUAGCAUGCUGGGAAACUAAUAAUACAAACAAUUUUGUUUUUUGCUCACUUAAUAAUACUUCAAAUAAAUAUAUUAUAAUGUCGAAACGAAAAAAGUCAGCCCCGCUCAUUGACUCAGACAGUGAUGCAAGCGGUAGUGGCUCUAACCUUGACGAAGAGCUGAAGGCCCUUGCCACCAAAAGAGUACGCAAAUCAUCUGACUCCCAGGCAAGGACAGCAAGCCAGUCAAGUGGGGGGAGUGACUCUGAGUCUUCCUCCGGUAGUGAUGGCGAUUGGAGGAUGGAUGGGAAGAAAAGCAAGAAGAAGAAGAAGGUGAAGAAGGUUGCGGCCAGGAAGUCGAUGGUUCACUCCUCAUCUGAGAGUGAGAGUGAUGGAGAGAUCAAGUCAGAGCCGGAGGAAGGCGAGGUGUCUGAUUCUGGUGAUAACUCGGGGGAAGAGCAGUUUAAUGACGGCUACGACGAGAAUCUGAUCGGGGAUGAGGAGGACAAACAGCGGCUCGAAGACAUGACAGAGAAGGAGAGAGAGACAGAGCUCUUCAACCGCAUGGAACGCAGAAAUCUUCUCAAAACCAGGUUUGAAAUUGAGAAGAAGCUAAAGCAUGCUAAGAAAUUGGAGCAGAAGAAGCGAAAGGAGCGAGGGAGCAUGACGGGUGCGGAGGGAAGCAGCCAGAAGGGCGUGGUUGGCAUAGUGGCCAGUAAGCGGAGUCAGGAACGCAGGAAAGACCUCGAGUCCAAGAAGGACAGCAAGAAAUUGACAGCAAUGCAGGAACUCAAGGCUCGCAGGGAGGAAAAGAAAGUCAGAGCUGAGGAACAAAAAGCACAAGAAGAAGAGAAAAAGAAGCCACUCCGAGCUAGCGACAUCUAUUCUGAUGAGUCAGAUGAGGAUGAUGUGGAGGACAAGGCUGGUAGCCGGAGGGAAGAUGCUGGGGACCGAAAAGACGAAUCAGACUCAGAUGGCAGCUCCAGUUCCUCCAGUAGUCGCUCGUCUUACAGAUCUGAGAGCUCAGACAAUGAGUCUCGAAGUCGACCUAGGAAAAAGUAUGUUCCUGUGUCUGCCAAAGAAGAAUUGUCAAAGAUCAGAUUAUCUCGACACAAACUAGAAAAAUGGUGUCACAUGCCCUUCUUCAAGCAGACUGUUUGUGGGUGUUUUGUACGGAUAGGUAUCGGCAACCAUGAGAGCAGGCCUGUCUAUAGGGUUGCAGAAAUUAUUGAUGUACUAGAGACCUACAAAGUAUAUCAGCUAGGCUCUUCUAGAACAAAUAAAGGGUUAAAAUUAAGACAUGGGAACUCUGAGCGUGUGUACCGGCUGGAGUUUGUGUCAAACCAGGACUUCACAGAGACUGAGUUCUUCAAGUGGAAGGAGGCAGUGAUGUUGGCAGGGGAGCAGGUGCCCUCGAUGGAAGACGUUCAGCGUAAACUCAAGGACAUUCAGUCUGCCCACCAGUACAAGUACAACGACGAUGACAUUGAGAAGAUUGUUGCAGAAAAAAAGAAGUUCAAAAAGAAUCCUCAUAAUUAUGCAGUGAAGAAGACAGACUUGUUGAAAUUUAGAGAGCAGGCUGAGUUGACCGGUAACAUUGAGCAACAGAUGCAGUAUCAGCAGGAACUAGAUGAGUUGGAAGAACGGGCCGAGGACCUUGAUAAAAUACGCUCUUCCAAAAUUUCCUCCAUCAGCUACAUCAACCAGCGUAACCGUCUACAGAACCAGGUAGAGAAGGAGGAGGCCAAUAAGGCUGAGUUUGAGGAGAUGAAAGGAGCUGCAGCUGACCCCUUCACUCGACGACACAGCAGGACCCUCCUCAACAAGGCACGAGAUCAAGCGCCGGUGGUUGCCCAAGCCAAUGCUGCCCUCGAAGAGGUGAAGAAAAAAGAAGUUGAAGAGGAAAGAAAAAGACAAGUCGAACAAAAUAUUGGACAGAGUCUGGAAAGGCUUAGAGCAGAUAGAAAUACAAGUGAUAUAAAGACUUUCACAAGUCCGAGAACAUUAGAGAAGAAAAUGUCAGAGGAUCCGUUUGCAGAUCACGACUUCGAAAUCAAGAUUGAUAUGGACUUCUCAACAACAAAUACAGCAGUGGUUGUUCAAAAUCGGCCAACGCCCACACUGAAGCAGGGGGCCCCUCGCAGAUCUCUAAACCUGGAUGAGUAUAAGAAGAUGAAGGGCCUCAUUUAAGAAAUUCAAGAGAGAAGGGUGUGGUUUUUAUAGUGACAUCAGCUGCAGGGUGUGGUUUAUACUGAUAUAUUGAAACCAGCUAGGUUGCAUGGUUUUGUGUAUUGUGACAUAGGAACCUCAGAGGCUACAGAGUUUGCUAUGUAUUGACAUAGAGACCACAUAAGCUGCAUGGUUUGUUUAUUUGGACAUGGGGACAGCCUUGGUUGCUGUCUGUUUAUGGUUUAUGUUGACAUGCUUGGAAUCUGAGUCACCUAGCAACAGGGUGUAUUUAUUGUGACUACACCUGGACCGAACACUGAUACCUGACAGUCCUGGUCCCCUUGUGAAUGGAAUAUACUGCUGGGUACUGACCUUGCUGUCUUGUAAAUAUGCUGGUCUCAUGAAAGCAGAAUAGAGUAAUGGCCAGCUGUCAUGAACAAAUAACAAAUAACACUUCACCAAAUGGCAUGCUAGAGUGAGUGUGCUGAAGCCAUACUUAAACUUGUGGUUAGCACUCCUGAAUUUCAUAUGUGUUUAUUCAUAUGAACAAACUAGUGCUUUUCAGUGUAUGGCAUUAAUUUCAGUGACAAACAUUGCUGAUUUUGUUCACUAGUGCUGUGCAAGAUAGUGAGCAUAGAUAUACAUUUUAGUUACUUCUUGUGUACUUUUAUUUAUGUAUUGUGUGAGCUGUUGUAAGUCAAUGGAAUAAAGAAACUCCUAAGGAAAGAAGUAAGUAGUUUUUCUAAAUUGAAGAUCAGAAUUAUUUGUGUAAUGAAUGAUCAAAUUUUGGGAUUUUGUUUUAUUAAAUAUUCCAGUAUACAUUAACUAUUUGCAGAAAAAACCUACAAAUACAAAUAUUGUAUUCAAUUAUAUAGUGUAUUACGGUGGCAAUUCAUGCAAAAUAGUAUUUUGUGUGUCAAAGCAGUGUUCAUGUGUUCUGGUGAAUUUGGGCCUCCAAUUUAGGCCCAACUCCUAAUGCUUAAACAUACAUAAUUUUUCCAAAACAAUGAGUUGAAAAUACCUUUUCGCAAAAAUUGAACACCGGAAAAAAAUUGUAUGUGAAAGAGUUGAUGUUUCCUUUUAAGUACAAAACCUUAAUGCAGUUAAAUUAUAUUAAUGGUAAUUCCCAAAUUUAGUCAAAACAAUGCAUCAAUAUAUUUUUCCCAGACAGAAAGGCACUGACCCCUUUUACAAAAUGGUGUAAUAAAAAAACUGCAAAUAGAACUCGUACUGGAUAGUUGGAACAUUCAAUGUUAGAAGUUUGCCUUUAAGGUGAAAUUACCUCAAAAUGCCAGCUUUGUAUUUGUUUUAUGUAAAUGUUAAUUAUAUACAUUUAACAUUGUACAGGCAAAUAAUUACUUCUGGUUUGUGACUAUCUUUGUUUCAUAGACGAUGAAGAUACGAAAAGCUUUGUCAUUUAUGAUUUUAAACUCUCGUACAAAUAUUUCAAUGACAACCAACCAUGGUUUGUACAUAAUGUGUGAUUUGAUUUGUAAGUUAAGCAUACAUUUACAUGGAAUAAAUUGUAAUAAGAUAA